AUGGGCUCCGUCGCAACCGACAUUCCGGCCAUGGCCACUAACCCCAAGUUCAUCUUCUUCACCGACUUCGAUGGCACCGUCACAACCGCCGAUUCCAACGACUACAUGACGGACAACCUAGGCUACGGCGCCGAGAAGCGCAAGCAGGGCAACGCCGACACGCUCCACGGCCGAGUCAACUUUCGCGAUUCGUUCCGCGAGAUGCUGGACAGCGUCACGACGCCCUUUCCCGAGUGUCUCGACAUCCUUCUGGCCAACAUCAAGCUCGAUCCCGGCUUCAAGGACUUUUACAACUGGGCCCAGGACAACAACGUCCCGAUUGUCAUUCUCAGCGGAGGCAUGGAGCCUGUUAUCCGGGCGCUUCUGGACAAGCUCCUAGGACCUGGGUGGGAUAUCCAGAUUGUGAGCAACUUUGUGCGGGCGAGGGAGGGAAAGAGCCUCAACGACGUUGGUGGCUGGGAGAUUAUCUUCCGCGAUGACAGCAUCCACGGCCACGACAAGUCCAUUGAGAUCCGCAAGUACUCGAGCCUUCCCAACAGACCAACAAUGUUCUACGCUGGUGACGGUGUCUCCGAUCUGUCUGCUGCCAAGGAGACUGAUUUGCUCUUUGCAAAGGCCGGAAAGGACCUGGUGACUUGGUGCGAAAACGAAAACGUCCCCUUUGUCACAUUCAACGACUGGACAAGCAUCACCCAGACGGUCAAGGAUAUUGCUGCCGGCAACAUUACCGUCCAGGACGCGGCCAAGGGUCGCAUUUAA